GGACCGAGCGGACCAGGUUGGGAACUGCUGGAAGGACAGGCGGACACGCGGCGACAGGGGCCUGAGCGGGCGGAGCAGGCGGGGCUCAGCGGGGCAGGCCGGCGGCGGAGCUGGGGGUUGGGACGGACAGAGCGCGCAGCCGUGCGGGCUGUCGGGAGCUCCGUGGGUGGCUGCUGCGCUCGGGGAGCCAUGGGGUGCACUGCUGGGGAGCUCGUCUCGUUGCUUCUCGGUCUGGGGCUGCUGCUGUGCAGCUGGGUGUGCCCCGGGAGCGCGGAGCUGCGGGCCCCACCGGAUAAGAUCGCAAUUAUUGGAGCUGGAAUCGGUGGCACGUCAGCAGCCUAUUAUCUGCGGCAGAAAUUUGGGAAAGAUGUGAAGAUUGAUCUGUUUGAAAGAGGAGAGGUGGGGGGCCGUCUGGCCACCAUGACUGUGAGGGGGCAAGAAUACGAGGGAGGAGGUUCUGUCAUCCAUCCUUUAAAUCUGCACAUGAAGCGUUUUGUCAAGGACCUGGGUCUCUCAACUAUUCAGAGCUAUGGUGGCCUAAUGGGGGUUUAUAAUGGAGAGACUAUGGUGUUUGAGGAGAGCAGCUGGUUUAUAAUUAACAUGAUUAAACUAAUUUGGCACUAUGGAUUUCAGCCCCUCCGAAUGCACAUGUGGGUAGAAGAUAUAUUAGACAAGUUUAUGAGGAUCUACCGCUACCAAUCUCAUGACUAUGCCUUCAGUAGUGUAGAAAAGUUACUACAUUCCCUCGGAGGGGACGACUUCCUUGGAAUGCUUAACCGAACACUUCUUGAAACCUUGCAGAAAGCUGGCUUCUCUGAGAAAUUCCUCAACGAAAUUGUUGCUCCUGUCAUGAGGGUCAAUUAUGGCCAAAGCAUGGACAUCAAUGGCUUUGUGGGGGCAGUGUCAAUGUCUUGUGCUGAUUCUGGCCUUUGGGCAGUAGACGGUGGCAAUAAACUUGUUUGCUCAGGACUCCUUCAGGCAUCCAAAAGCAACCUGAUAUCUGGCUCAGUAAUGUACAUAGAGGAGAAAACAAGGACAAAGUAUACAGGAAAUCCCACGAAGAUGUAUGAAGUCGUCUACCAAGCUGGACCUGAGACCCAUUCAGACUUCUAUGACAUAGUUUUGGUGGCCACUCCACUGAAUCGGAAAAUGUCCAAUAUAACUUUUCUCAACUUUGACCCUCCAAUUGAGGAAUUCCAUCAAUACUACCAACAUAUAGUGACAACUUUAAUUAAGGGGCAAUUGAAUUCAACUAUUUUUAGCUCCAGAGCUUUAGCUGAGUUUGAUCUUAGUACAAUCUUAACCACAGAUAAUUCAGAUUUGUUCAUUAAUAGCAUUGGGAUUGUAUCUUCUGUGAGAGAAAAUAAUAAUCUUCAACCACCAACAGAUGGCACAUAUAUUUGGAAGAUCUUUUCCCCAGAAAUUCUUACUAAAGAACAAAUUUUAAAGCUCUUUUUGUCCUAUGAUUAUGCUGUGAAGCAGCUGUGGCUUGCGUAUCCCCAUUAUAAACCUCCAGAGAAAUGCCCCUCCAUCAUACUACACGACCACCUUUAUUACCUCAAUGGCAUAGAGUGUGCAGCAAGCGCCAUGGAGAUGAGUGCCAUUGCAGCCCACAAUGCCGCUCUCCUUGCCUAUCACCGCUGGAAUGGGCACAUAGACAUGAUUGACCAAGAGGACUUAUAUGAGAAACUUAAAACUGAACUAUGAAAUAACACUAUCAUUUUCCCCUCCUGGUAACAAACGGAGCAUCACUGGCAAAAACAACACAAUCUGAGCAAAGAUGAUUGUGAAUCAUGUAUUUUGUCAUCAUUAUUAUUAAACUAAAAUAACCCCAGUGAGUCAUGAGGAAAUACAAGGUUCUAAUUGAGUGUGAAGGUGUAACUAUUGCAUUUAUGUCAUCUCUAAAGUUUCUUCACUUUUAAUAUCCAUAAAUAGUAUUUCCCAAACUUGUCUAAGAUUCACCAGGAGUUUGUUAAAUAAUGGAUUCCCUAGCUCCUCUGGAGAUUCUCGUUCAGUAAGUCUGGGGGUGGGAUGCUGGAUUUUGAACAAAACCUUAGAGCAUUUUAAAUAAGCUGAACACUUGAAAAAUGUAAAGAUACGUCUUUCAGUUGGGAACUAGUUCAUUUGUGCUUCAUAGCUGGAUGUGAUCUUUAGCCAGACAGUUAAAACUAUGGGAGUUGGUAUCAUAUGCCUGGCUUUAGUUAAUAAUUUAUGCCCUUUAAAGUAAAAGUGCCCAUGCUUGCAGCCUUGACUUUCAGAAUGUUCUUUUGAUUGCUUCUGUCUGGAUUUAAUUAUGGAUGGAAUUCAGAAAUCUAAGUCGUAUAACCUUAAGAUGUCAUACAAAAAUCUCAAGUAAAAUGAAAAGCAAAUAUAGGCUAUUGAUUUAAGAAUUUGGCAUUCUACUAUGAAAUCCUCAGUUAUGGAGCUUUAAAAAAUAGAUUCCUCACAACCAGAUUGAUUUAAUGAAUUAAGGACAGGACUUCAGCAUUGUAGCUUUUUAAAGUUCCUAAUGUGCAACCUGAAUUGAGAAUCACUGAUGUGGGGGUGUAAGCUGUCUUCAAAGGGUUUUUAGUGCCUUAAAGGUCCCAAGAAACCAAUCCAUUAUCAAAGCUGAUCCAUUUUGUGAAGAUUGAUUUCUCUAAAUGAGAACUCCAGCAGUAAUCUUGAUAGUAGAGGCAAUUUAGUGUACUCCAGAGCAGAUUACACUAAAGUAGGAUAUUUAGAAUGACACCACACUUGAUCAAAUAAAUCCAGCAUAUGUUCAAAUUAUUAAAUGCUUCUAAAGCUACUGUAGCAUUUUGGUAAGAAAUUGGUUGCUGAAAUCUUGUUUUAAGGCAGCAGUUCUCAACCUUGGCUGCAUAUUGGAAUCACCUGUAGGACUAUAAAGCUUCCUAAAUGAUUCUAUGUGCAGCCAAACUUGAGAACCAGUUCUACAUUUACUGUACAAAGAUUGUGACUGACUGUCCUUGUAGUCACUAGUAGGACAGAAGAAAAGCCUGAGUUCUCAAAGUAACUCCAACAAAGUCAACGUGUACUGUGAAAAAAAGUUCUUCACCUGAUUAAAGCAGUAGCUACUUUAGCAAAAUGGGGGAAGAGAACAUUGAUUCUUAAAGAUUUCUUCUCUGCUACAAUUGUGAAUAUUAGUAUGCUGAUAAAAUUGCCAAGAUAUAUUUGAUAUAAAGGCAGGGCUUAAAUUUAUAGUUUGCCAAAUGGUCAGCUUUUUUCUAAUUUUAUUCUUAACAAGUAUGUUACAUAUUCUUAUUUUUUCCUCUUGUGGUUUCAAUGAAAACAGUAUUGUAGAGAAUGUAAUAUUGUGUUAUGUGUAUGUUAAGGAUCAGUAAAUAUUAAUGAAAUAGUUUCUGUCAACCUAA